AUGGAUAUCUCCCGGCGGUUGCCGUCGCUGGACCCCCUGGCUAAGUUCCCUGGUCCUCGGUUGGCUGCUGCGACGGGACUCUAUGAAUUUUACUAUGAUGUGAUUCGUGAUGGUCAAUUCGUCUGGCACAUCGAGCGCCUGCAUCAGAAAUAUGGUCCGGUGGUGCGCAUCAAGCCGUGGGAGAUACAUGUGAAAGACCCGGACAACUACAACACACUGUAUGCGGGAGUGACGCGGAAGCGGAACAAGGACAGCUGGUUUACUUUCGUCGGAUGGCCUACCUCGAUAUUCUCGACAAAUGGACACGCGUUGCAUCGCGCUCGACGAAGUGUGUUGGGGCAGUUUUUCAAAAGGCAAGCGAUUCUGGAUGUGGAGCCGCUGAUUCAGAACAACAUCCGGGCUUUAUGUGGCCAUUUUCGCCGCGCGCAGAGGGGAAACUAUAGCUUAGAGCUCCAUACCGCAUUUCUGUGUUUUACGAGUGAUACCAUAUCGCAGUAUGCGUUUGGGAAACAAAACGGCUUUCGCACUCUGGAUCAAGCAGAGCUGAGUACGGCUUCCAAAACGAAGACGGUUUGUACGUUUGAGUUUGUUCAAAUAACAAGACAUUUACCCUGGCUUUUCAAGCUGGCGCAUGUCUUCCCUUGGCCGGCAAAACUCUUGAAUGCGGACUUCGUUGAAGCCUUGACACAGGAAAGAGAAAUUCAAAACAUGGUUCGCAAGGCCAUACAGGAACGUGGUAAGGGAAGCAGUGAGAAGCCUAUGCCGGUUUAUCCUGCGAUUCUAGAGAAUGAUAGGGUACCUGAAGACGAGAAAAGGUUCUCCCGCCUGGCUGAUGAUGCGAUUUUCCUGCUUCUGGCCGGGACCGAUGCGCCAGGAAGGGCCUUGGUCAUGGCUUUAUAUUUCAUAUUGCGGGACCCAGAGGUGCACGGAAAGCUUCGCGCUGAACUGUGUGCUUCUUGGCCAGAUGCUUCCAUGGAUUUAGAGCUUAUAGCAUCGGAAAAGCUACCUUAUUUCACUGCCGUGUUGAAGGAGGGACUUCGAUUGGGCCCCGUCGUCAGCACACGUCUGCCACGUGUCGCACCGGAUGAAAUCUUGCAAUUCCAUGGAUAUGAAAUUCCCCGCGGGGUUCCUGUGAGCAUGACCGCUUUCUUCAUCCUCCGUGAUCCUAAAAUCUUUCCCGAGCCAUUGCGGUUCAUCCCUGAGCGUUGGCUCUUGGAGCCAGAAGACUCACGAAAGUUGGAGCGGUACCUCGUCCCAUUUUCCAGGGGGACCUUGGGAUGUCUGGCUCCGAAUAUGGCCUGGGCAUGGCUGUAUUUGGUGCUCGGGACACUCCUGCGAAGAUUCGAGAUGAGACUGCACAACACGACGGAAGAGAAUGUCGAGGUGACCCGGGAUAAAUUCCUAGGGCAGACGGAGCGCGGAAAGAAUCGGGUUCAGAUUAAGGUGGUGAGGGAGUAUUCGUAA